AUAAAUCUUUCAUUUAAAUAGGUUUCAAGGUAAUGUUAUAGUAAAGCAUCCUUUAUUGUGUAAUACUCCACACACCUGUAUAAUCAUGCCAAUUAAAACUCAAAGGCAAUAAAUAUGAAUGAAUGUUUUAUGAUAGUACUAGCCUUAAUUAGUACGAUGUACCGAUUUUGCAUUUCUAGAAUUCGAAACGAACUUCCUUAAUUGAACCAAGCAAUCACACUUAUGCAAUAAGCGAAUCCGUUUGAACCUCCGUCUCGGUAGUAAUUGGAACGGGUCGGUUUAAAAUUCUUUGGCUUUCCCUCGGCCCAAGCCAGUACUCGAUCACCAUUGCAGCGAGAAACAUCUCAAGUGCCUGAAAAAUGGAAACCCAUAUCGGAAAGCAACAUUCGCUGGAACGCUUCCAAGCGAUGGUAGCUUGGCAAAACCGUGUACUGGCCCUGUUCGGAUGCUACAUGUAUCUCGGCAAAGAGCGAGUGUCUUACCGCAUCGUGCCGAUCUGCUUUAUGGCCUGCUCCUUCGUCUUGCUGUCGCUGUACAGUGCGGUCCAAGCCAGGGGCAAUAUGGGUCAGGCUGUGCUGAGCAUUGUGGUCCUCUUCUAUGGCAUCAUCGGUGUGACACGGUUGGCGGUAGCGAUCAGCAAUCCGGCCGGUUGCUACCGCUCGAUUCAGAUCGCCGAGGAGAUGUACCAACGUGCCAACGGAUCGAAUCCGGCGGAAUGCAAUGUUCUUGCGAAGUACACCGACCUGUUCUGCAAAAGUGUGCAACUGUACACCGUCUGCUUUGUGCUGAGCGUGGUAGUGCUUACGCUGAUGCCCUUUGCACUAUAUCUACUGCGUGGCGAGCGUUACUUGCCGCUAGGGAUCGUGCUACCCUUUACUGCUGAAACGGAUGAUUUCGGGUUUUGGUGCACACUCGUCGUGCAGCUGGCGUACAUGUACACAGGUCCUUUUGGGCUGAUUCCGUCCCAGAACAUAUACUUUGCGUUUGUGUUUAACAUUUGCCUGCAGUACGAGCUGCUGAUUGAGCGGUUGAAGCAGUUGGAUGAAAGGAUUCGAAGCUCCAACAACCUGAAGCUGACCGUGCGCGAUCAGUUGGUGAAGAUCAUUCAGCUUCAGCAAGAGUCUACAAACUACAUUACACACAUUGAGCGCUUUUAUCAGCUGCAAUCGUUCGUGGAGUUUCUGUGCAACUCGCUGCAGGUUGCGCUGACGUUGAACGAACUGCAUCGUAACUUUUGGUUGCCAGGAUUGUUCAUACUACCGAUUGCAGUGAUGCAGAUGCUUAUCCUAUGCUCCUUGGGGACGCUGAUUGAGCUGAAAAGCGAUCAGUUCAAGGAUCAGCUGUACGAUAUAGCCUGGCCCGAGAUGGACCUACCGGAACAGGGCAUGUUCAAGUACGUGCUGAAAAGUGCGCAGCAACCUAAACAACUGACGUGUGGUCGGUUCGCCGUUAUCAAUAUGAACCUGUUUCUGGCGAUUCACAAAAAGAUUUACUCAUUCUUUAUGAUGCUGCAAAACAUGUAGGACAGGCGGACAAGAUGUCGUAGUUUCACUAGUAGAACGAGAUUUUUGCCAGUAAUAAAGCAACACCGGAAUGUACAGAACUGUUGAUGCGUAAACUUCCCUCUACACAAGUCACCGAAAUCAGUUUGAUGUGCAAGUUAUGCGACAGCUCUGUAGUUCCACGGUCCCGUUCCUUCGUUGUACUUCGCAUAGAUUGUUUUCGGUGUUAUCAAUUCAAUGUACAAAAAAUGGGGAAAAACAAACUUCUCGCCCAUUUCGAGCUGAUUGGAAUUUUGAUCCUGCUGCUCGUGCUGGUUCUCGGUGUUUCCCCUUAGCAUCUGGCUGUUAAAUCCUUCAUUUGAUGGCAUUUUUUUUUGUUUCUGUUGUUUUCUUUUUGAUUUUGCGUGAACCACUCACAAACUCUCAGAUUCGAUUGCAUUUCACUGCGACCAUACCAGCCCAAACCGAGACAUGAUGAUGGUAUGCGCUCGCAUGUACGCCCAGAGCUCGGUCCCGGCUGAUACAUAAACUAACACAACGCAUGGUGGAGCGAUGCGUGCGCUGGAAGGGCGGGUAUCUGUGCUCCCCCUUGCCCGUCUCACGUGUGCCGAGCAUUUUUCACCAUCCCCUCCCAUCGGAGGAAAUCGCAUUCGCGCAUUCCAUAGUGCGUAAUAUACCGACCACGGCUUCACGGUUCCAAUGUUCCAUGAUAUGCAUCUUGGUUGUGGUGCCACCGGGCUGCCAUUCGCUUGCUCUACAGCCAGCCCACACGCGCGCGCGUUGGAUGAUGCGUUCGAACAGAGUGCACUUCCUGCUGCCACAUGAUAUAAGCAUCGACGGUGGUACGGUGUGUACGGUCCGCGUCGUUCGAUCCGCGCUCUUAUUGGUGCAAUUUCAUCAGCCUGCGACGGCACACUGUGGGCGAAAUGUUUCUCGAGCACAACCCAGCCCUGGCCCAGCGCUCAAACGAGGCAAAGGACACUGCCACAACCGCCUCGAAACCACGGCUCGCUGUGCGCCGUCCUCCAUCGCUCCAUAGCGGCUGGUGGAUGAAGCAGGUCAGGCAGGCAACGAGAGAAGAGAGUGUGCUACAACGGCAACGGGAUCACAUGCGUCGUGUGUACACGGUGGAUGGAGGUUAGAGGUUAGAGCAGCAUAAAAUACGAACUCUAUCAUCGGGCGAACCGAACGGGCAGGGGAAAAGGCAAUAGAUGGCGAAUCCAUCCUUCCCCUCGUGCGUCGGUAUCCAUCCGUUUGAAUCUUCAGCCUUUAUGCUACUGACGAUAGCGCGAGGACGAUGGGCUCGAAACGCAUCUAGCCGCACAUCUGUGCGAGCCUCACAGAAUCUCUUUCCCUGUGCGUGUCCGUGAUCUCGCCAUUGGUGUGUAGCCCAUUGCCCAUUGUACACGAGGGAGCGUGGGAGCACCAUCAACAACAGGCAACAAAAAAACACCCUGGAUUAGGGAACCAGGGCCGGGCCUCAUGUUAAGCGGGGGUACGCAACAAAAACAGGAAAGGACUUGAAGCCUACGGAAGAACGUGAAGCAUCGUGUCUCUUUCCAUCUCGUUUUGUGCGAACAUUGCGAAUGCGAAAUGGCAGGCCCUGCGUGGAGAUUGAAAUGGUAAAUGAAAUGAAAAUUUGGUACUUGGUUCCCUGGGACCGGAGCUCGGGUGUGAUGGAAUGGGGGGAAAGCUUUUUUCCCAACUAUCCUGUGCCGUCCCGCGCUGCAGUCGUUUGUGAAAAUAUGAGUUUUCUAGAAAGCGCUACACCGAGCGCUCGCCAGCCCUUCCGCUUUUUUGUACCAUGUCACGGAAAACCGGAAGGAUUGUCUGUUUGUUGAUGUUGCUGUUCGUCUGAUGUGUGCUUGGGUGGUGGUGUAGAUGGUGGAGAGCCGUACUGUCAUUUGGUUUUUUGUCCUGGUCCAUCGUUCAAAACGCAGACCGGGGUGAGGGAGCACUGUGGGCUGUGAAACGAUAUGCCACCGAUGCAUCGGAAUUUUCUCCACUCUAUCUGCGAAUCCACAGGAUCUGUAGAGGCUCUGGGGUUGGACGGGUGGGUGUGUUCGUGGCUCUUCCUGUUCAUGAAGUCGUGGAAUACGUUUUCGUUGGGCGCGCGAGAAUCGAUUGCGAACGUGUGAGGGACAUGUAGGGGAAAGAGUGAAGGAAAGGCACUUUUGUGUGUAUGCGCGUGUGUGUGUGUAUGUGAGUUUCACAUAGCACGCACUAACACACACACACAGACCUUCCUCUCGCGUAUCUUCUGUGCGCCAGUGCGCAUCACGAGGAGGGAGCGCGGGUUCGUUAGAGCGAAACCGUUUCUCGUCGUUCGGUAAAGGUUUGGGAACCCUGGGAAAACAUUUCCCGCAAUAUCACCAACGGGGUUGGUUUCUCUCUUUUUUUUCUGUGUGUGUGUACAAAGAUAGCGCAUCGGAGCACCAGUUAGGGUGUGUGUGUCGUACGCACUUUUCCCCCGCUUGGUGUGCCCUGAGUGCUAAGUGAUAGGAGCAAAAGGUCGGGUCGCCAGAUUACGGAUUGAACAAAUUCCAUAACGUUGGCCAAAGGAUUCGUUUACGUCCGGGGGAGGAGGAGAGUUGGGAAGCGGGACGAUCUUCCACCGUGUAGUGGGUGGGGAGGGGGCUCAAUGGCCACAACGCAAACCAUGUGCACAACGAGAACCACCGGACCGGGUUCGUUGGCGUAACAACAACACGUUUGAAUUGCAGUUGUGGAGCUGGCUGGCAAAGGGAAGGGAGAGCACAACUGCACACGGAAGGAUCGGGCGUUAGUCUGCGGAUGCUGCUGGUUAGCUGUAGGAGGGAAGGAGGAAGGAUACGUUUGUUUCUGCAGAGGGAGAUUUUUGUUUUGCGUGAAAAUCCUGACGGUGUGGUUCGUCGUUCGUCGCCGUGCGGUUUUCCUUUUGUUUCCCUACCCUUCUAGUAUACGUGUGGGAAAAGGGUUUGUGUGGGUGUGUAUGGAUGAACAGGAUUCUCGCAUGGUAGUGGCAUGCUCAGUGUUGCGUAUUUAUACAGUAUUAAUUAUAAAUUUAUCGCUGCAAUCCGAUCUCUCUUGGGCGACCCUCUUUGCAUUUGCCAAAUAAAGUCGACGCUGCGGGAAGGGGUACCACCGUAGAAAGGAAAGAUGUUGAUUGCAGGGCGCACCUUUAGUAUCGCGCUCUGUAUUCAGAGAAUUUUUGUGCUGCUCCUUGUAUUAGAUUUUAAUGCAUUAGAUUAAUUUUGUUGUGUAUUAAAUGAAAACAGAUUGGACCGUUACUCCUGAAUAAAAAAAAAUGAAAACAGGGCUGUACAGGCAUUCCCCGAUAUACGACAUACUCGAUAUACGUGAUUUUCUUUAUUUGACAGUUCUUUGAGCAAAUUAUACUGAUUUGACACAUCAAAUGUCAAAUACAAAACAAUUUCCCUUUUGGUGGACUUUUAACAUCCAUUUUACAAGAUACAUAACUGUAACCUUUAGUUGAAAUCAGAUGAAAUAACUAAUAUAGUGGCUAAAACCUACCACUUCAAGCUAAAUUAUCGAAAAUUAGCUAUAAUUUGACUGAAAACCUCGAAAUUCGACUUGCGCUAAUAUUCGAGAUACGUUAUCGCCUGCGGUCCGCAUUAAUAGCGUAUAUCGGGGAAUACCUGUACUAUCAUUUGCAUUAUUAAAUAUUACACAUUACAAAGAAAAACAAGGCUUGUAUUGCGUAUUCUAUAAUCACAUCCUU